CGAAAGCGUUUUAGUGGAAAAAAUGCAAACAAAACAAACUGCUAAGGUGAUUGUAAUUUGCAAUUCAAGAUUCACAAAUUACAAUAUGUUAUAAAAUAGUUUUGAAUGUAUAAAUUCCUUUUAUCGUUAGUAUUUCCUGUUGAAAAAGCAUUUUUUUAAACUAACAUUCUAUUAUUUAAUGCAAUGGGAUCUUCGGAAAAAUUUGAGUUUAUUUGCACUGAGGAUAAUAAAUAUACUUGUACAUUGUGUAAUGCUGUUAUUCCACAUAAGGGAUUAUUAAACAGUCAUGUUGAUCUCCAUAACAAGGAAAAACCUUUUGUUUGUAGUGUAUGUAAUAAGAGAUUUAAACGAAAGGAAUAUUUAUAUUCGCACAGCAUAACUCAUACAGAUGUAAAACCUUAUUCUUGUAAUUUGUGUGAUAAAAAUUUCACAUUAAAAUCUUCUUUGCGUGUUCACCAGUUUGUUCAUUCUAAAGAAAAAAGAUUUCCGUGCAAUAUGUGCAAUAAAUCCUUUUCUUUUAAGAAUGCUUUAAAUCGACAUAGAGUUGUUCAUUCUGAUGACAAACCUUUUUCUUGCUCAAUGUGUCAUAAAAGGUAUAAACUAGCUUUUCAUUUGAAUAGACAUUGGAAAACUGCUCAUAAAAAAGAAAGACCACAUGCUUGUGAUAAAUGUGAUAAAACUUUUCAAUGUAGAAGCUCUCUAAAGGUUCAUAUGGGCGUUCAUUCAGAUGAAAAACCUUAUUCGUGUGAUUUAUGCCAAAAAAGUUUUCGUUAUGAAGGAAGUUUAUCUCAUCAUAAAAAAACUCAUGUCGAAGGAAAACCUUAUUCUUGCACUGAGUGUGAUAAGAAAUAUAAGCUAAAAAAUCAUUUGAUUGUUCAUUGGAAACGUGUCCAUAAAAAAGAAAGACCAUAUGCUUGUAAUAUUUGUCACAAAAAGUUUCCUUGCAGAAACAGUUUAAAGAAUCAUUCUGUUGUCCAUACAGACGUUAGACCUUAUUCCUGUGGUAUAUGUUAUAAAAGUUUUCGAUUCAAAGGAAGUUUAAGAGCUCAUCAAAGAGUUCAUACUGGAGAAAAACCUUUUACUUGUAGUAAAUGCGACAAAAGAUUUAAAACUAAAGCAAAUUUAUUAUCACAUCAAAUAAUUCAUACUGAAGAAAAACCUUUUUCUUGUAAUGCAUGCAACAAAGCAUUUAGAUUCAAGCAAUCCUUAAUGCAUCAUAAACGUGUACAUCAUAAAGAAGAAUACUAUUUAGAAAAAUUACUUGAUAAAAGUGUACGGGAUACUCCGCAUAAGCAAAGGAGACCAAUCGUUGCCAAAUGUAUCAAAGAAAAAAUUGACUCUAGCGAUAGCACUCUGAUACUUGCAGAUUCUUUUGGCAGCAGUGACAUUCUGGCACUUGCUCGGCUAGUUAAUAAAAAACCUGAUUCUAGUAAUAAUUGCAGUGAAAGUGUUACAUUUGUCGAAGAUUUGGAUAGUUUAGAAGAGCUGGCGCAUGUUGAUGAUAUACAUAAAAGUCCUGAUUCUAGUAAUUUUUGUAAUAAAACUGUAACAUUUGUGGAUUCUUUAAAUAUUGUUAAAGAGAAGAAAACCACCACUAAUAGUAAAAAAAUACCUGACUCUGGUAAUAUCUGUCAUGAGAAUGGAAAAAGUGAAUAUUUUCUAGACAAUGAGGGCAAGCUAGAGCUGCCUAACCAUAUCAAUCAGAAACUUGAUACUAGUUCCCUCUUCGAGGAAAGCGUAACACUUGUAGAUUCUAUAGUUAACAGUGGUGAGUUAGAAAUUGCCACCCGUGUUAUAGAAAUGCCUGAUUCUAGUAACUCUGGUGAUCAAAACAAAACAGCUAAUAAUUCUCCUUGGAACAGCAAAGAAUUAUCUAACUUGACACAACAUUUGAAGACACCAGCUGGCUAUUUUAAUGAUUGUAGUAAUCAAAGUAUAACAACUGAAAACCUAAAUCAAAUCAAAAAAGAAUUUUCUGAUUUGUCUUUGGAUGUGAAGAAGCCUGCUACUUUAACAUCAUCAAAUUCAGCAAAACAUACAUCUAACCAAUUGAAUAGUCAAUCAACUAAGCCUGUAAUUAGGGAUUUUAAGUUCAUUGAAACUAAAGAGAAAACCUAUAUUUGCACUUUAUGUAAUGAAACUAUUUUAGAUAGAGAGUCUUUAAGCAAGCAUGUAGAUGUCCAUAAAAGUAAGGUAAAAUCUUCCAAUUUAAUUCACCUAAAGAAGCAAGCUGGCCCUACAUCAUCAGUUUCCACUAUUCAUACCACCAGCCCAUUGAAGGAUCAAUCAAUUAAACCUGUAGUAAAAAAUUUUACAUUUUUUUACACUAAGGAGAAAACUUAUACUUGCUCUUUGUGUAAUGAAACUAUUUUACAUCAAGAUUAUUUGAGUUCACAUGUAGCUGUUCACAGAAAUAAGGUAGAAUCUUCACAUUUGGAAAUGCCACCUAGUGCUACAGAAUCAGUUUCAACUGAGCAGACCGCCAAUCUUUCAGAUAAUCAACUAAUUUCACCUGAACAUCUUAAGACGACAGCUUGUACAACACCAUCAAAUUCAACAGUGCAAACCACUUGUUUAAAUGAACAAUUAAUUUUGCCAGAACAUAAUGAAAUGCUAACUAAUACUAGUUUAUCUAAUUCCACUGUGCAAAUCAGCAACCCAUCAGAUGCCCAAACAAAUUCUGGAACUUCAGAAACACCAGCUAGCACACCAUCAUCAGUUUCCACUGUGCAGACCACCACUUUAAAUAAGAUAUCAGCUUUAUCAGGACAUAAAAACAUAUUAACUAGUACUACACCAUCAGUUUUCACUGUGCGGACUACCAGCACUUUAGACGAUCAACCAAUUACAUGUGGUUACUUGGAAGUGCCUGCUAGUGCUGGAUUUUCUGUUUCUGAAGUGCAGACUGCCACUUCAAAUGAACUAUCAAGUUUGCCACAUCAGAAAAUAACAAAUAGUACCACAACACCCAUUUAUACAAUGCAGCACAAGGGCUCGCUAAACAAUCUGUUAAAAGAGUCUACAGUAAAGGAAUUUAAGUUUAUUCAUACUAAAGAGGACAAUUAUAUUUGUACUUUGUGUAAAAGAACCAUAAUGAAUAGGAAAUCUUUAAGCAGGCACGUAAUUCAGUCUCACAGUAAACGGAAUGCUUUGUAUCCGUGUAAGUUAUGUUAUAAGAUUUAUAACUAUAGAUAUAGCUUACAUAGACAUAUAGUAAUAAAGCAUAAGGAACAAAAAUCAUUCUUUUGUGAUGCAUGUAAAAAAAGAUUUGUAUUUGAAGAUUGUUUCAACAAACACAAGUGCAUUAAGGCUGAUAUAAAAAUUCGUUAUUCUUGUAAUUCGUGUAAUAAAAGUUUUAAUGAAAAAUACAAAUUGAAUGCCCAUAAGGCAGUCCAUUCUGAUGAGAAGCCCUAUUCUUGCAGUUCAUGUGAUAAAACUUUUAAAUGGAAGCAUAGUAUAAAAAAACAUUUCAAAAUCUAUCAUACAAACAGGCCUGCAAAAAUCAAACAAAGAGUUUCUUGCAUGUGGUGUGAGAAAACCUUUCCAUAUAAAAGUGCUCUAAGAAGUCACGCAGUGAUGCAUACAAAUAAUAAGCCUUAUUCAUGUGACAUUUGUGCGAAAAGCUUUAAAAGAAAAACUCAACUAAAUGCCCAUAUUCAAUCUCAUUCUGGAGAAAAACCUUACUCUUGCAGUACUUGCAAUCAGAGGUUUACUCGAAAACAAUCUUUAAAAAGACAUGGUCGAAUUCAUCUUAAAAAAUUGUUCUCUACUUUUUUGGAUUAGCUUUAUAUAUUCAUAAAUAUUUUUUCCAGGAAUAUGCAUAUAGUCUUCUUCCACCAGCAUUACUGCACCGUCCCAACUAGUCAUUUUCAUCUGGCUCAAUCAGACAAUAUGUUUCUCCCUCCAUAAAUUCCCAUGGUUUUUAGAUCUUUUACAACAAAAUCAAUCUAUCUGGUGUUUUGGUUUUUCCCUUUUGUGGUUGCCAGUAAACUUUCCCCAAAGUGAGCUUUUUAAAUGGUUCACCAUCAUCUUCUCUAUAGAUGUCACCCAGCCAUCUUAUUUUAUAGAAUUUCAUAACUGAAAUUAAGUUUAGUUGCUUAUACUUUUUGGAUAAUUCAUAAUUGUGCUGUAUAUCAUUUACUUUAUCCAACCAUCAUAUCAUUAUAUCAAAAUCAUUUACUUUAACAGCUCCAAGGAUGGCUCUGAGUAUUUUUCUUUCAAAACUUCGUAGUUUAUUUUCGUAAGUUUUAUUCAAGGCCAGCAUUCGCUCCUAUAAAGUAAUACAAGUUUCAUUGGAGUAUUAUAUAGAUUAAUUUUAAUGGAAAUAAGCUUUGAUUUCGCAAUUCAAAAUAACACCUAUUAGCCAUCGUUAUUCAUUUCUGUUUUGAUAUCAUUAUUAACCAAUAUUCAUAGCUAAUUUUUGUAUUAAAAUGUUUGUUGACAAAAAACUAUCAAUCCCCAAUUAUAACUUCAGAAAUCCGGACUUCUAAAUUCCAGAAACCACCAAAAUCAAGAAUUUUUUUCCCUAUAAGCUAAUUUUUUUUUUUAGUUAUAUCAAUUGUAAAUUUAAGGAAAGAUGUCGGAAUUUGUGUUUCUUAAUAACAUCACAAUAAAAAUAAUAGACUUUGAAGAUCUGGAAAUCCAUGGCAUAAAAAGCUAUCAACAAAACUCCUGAAUUUAUUAUACAAUCCUUUUAAUCUAAUGUGUGUCUGCUUUAUGUAAUCCUUGUACUAAUACUCAACUAUUAAAAACAUUGAGAUUUAAAAAAGUCUAAAACUAUUGGGAAAAAGGAUUGAUAAGGUAAUGUGAAUUAACAGUGAAAUUUUCACAAAUAUUGUGCUUUGUAAAAAAAGAAAUUACUUAAAUGCAUUAUUCAGAAUUCAUGUGCUAUAAUUAUGUAAAAAAACAUGCAAAUUUAAGAUGAAAUUAGGCAAAUCAAAUAAUGAUUGCUUAUAUGUGUUAUUCAAAAUUCAUGUAUUCUAUUAGAAUGAUUUUUCAAAACUAUGUGAAUUUGCAAUUUAAUCGUUGCAAAUUGAACAUUUAAAAAAAGAGAGAUUGCUGAAUAGGGUUUUGUGUUUUUCCGCACAUUCAUAAUGACUUAUUAAAAUAUCAAGAUUUUAAAAACUAUGCAAAUAAUUAUUGAAUGCCUACCCAAAAAAUUACUGACAGAUUACUGACAGCCUAGAUUUUGAUUGUCUAAAAAAAUCAUAUAAAUGCCCUAUUAUUUAAUUAAAAAUAUUAAACUAAAACAAUGACAAUGUUUUCCUCUUAAAAUUUUCUUUAUGUCAAAAAAUAUUGCAAUGAAAAAAGAAAAAGAAAAUGUAUUGAUGUCCUGAACAUAAUUUUAAAGAAAGUAUCCUAAUAAUAGCAGAACAGCAGAAACCUCUCUCAAACCCGCAAAGUUUGGCCCCCUUCAGUUCCUGGAAAUCUGAUAAUUCAAUAACUGUAACUAGAAAGUAUUUUGGAGUCCGGGACCACUGCCCCAAUGAUUGUUAUGUACUUUCACUCCAAAACAUUAAAAAAUGUUCUAAAAUGCAAAAACUGCUCAUAAAUUGGUUUGAGCCCCAAAAUUGAAAAAAUACCUUAAAAGUAUUAAAAAAAAAAAAAAAGGGUCACAAAAGGAAAAAAAAAUUUCGAAAAAGUGCAACAGCCAACAAAAUCUCAUCCUUAAUGAUUAGUUUAACUAAGAUAUAUAUAAGAUAUAUUCUGUCAAAUUCAGUCGAAAAUAUAUGUUUUAAACUAUAAUUUCAAUUAAUAAUUUUACAUGGCUUAAUCCAAUAUUUGAGUGAAAUCGGUCGAAUCGUUAUUAAGGAUUCCAUUUCUAAAAGUACGACUUUUUAAGAAAAAAAAUGCAGAAAAUUACAGCUAUUUUAGGAGUCCGAAAAAAAGAUCUGUUUGUUCUGAGAAAGUAUGUUUUUGUGUCUGAUUUCGUAACUUAAAAUAUCAUCUAUACCAAUUAAUUACCAUAUUUGAGGUCAUCCCCUUGAACCAUUAAGAUUGAGUCCUAGAACGUGAAGAUGCAAUAAUUAGUUCAAAAGUUAUUCAGGAUAGUCCAUUUUUUCUGCACUGUACAAUCUUUUUUGACAAAGGGCCAUGCGAGAAAAAGACUGCAAUAAAUUUUUUUUUUAACAAUUAAUAAAUUAUUUAAAUACUCCUAGUAAAACAAGAAAAAUUAUCAAAUUUUCUUAUAAUUUAAAAUGCUACAGCAAAUUGUAUAUAAUCUUUGCAAAUUGUAAAUAAUAUUAUUGACUAGAGUGAUUUUUUGGGGAUAAAACUUUCUGACCAGAAAGACUAGUUUUUUGUUACUUUUUACUGUGCAUAAAUUACUUGCAGCUUCAAUUUUUAAAUGAAUUCUUAAAUUGAAUUAAACAUGUUUUAAAAAUAAGUCAUUUUUCUAAAAGUAAUUUAUUUUAAAGAAACACUUGUCAGACAUUGUUAUUUUUUAACACCUUGAAAUAGAACCUUUACAUUUUAGAAUUUUGGUGUUAAGAUAUGGGCAUUUCUACAAAGUUUAAUGAAAUUACUCUGAAAACAGUUACAAAACUUAUUAUGCUAGUUUCAUAGUAUUAUAAUAAACUGCAUUUCCGUCCUUGGUUAACCUUUAAGAAAUAAUUAUUUGCAAAUGAAAAA